AUGCGUUCCAUCUUCUACUUGACUCUCAGCGCCAUGGCGUCUCUCGCUGCGGCUGCUACCGGCGGUGCCAACCCGUUCAACAUUCCCUCCGAGGGUUAUUCGUUCGAGACUGGUGAGCCGACUACGCUCAGCUGGAAGCCUACCACCAGCGGCACCGUCUCCCUGAAGCUCCAGUGGGGUGCUGUGAUGACUGCGAACACGGGCACUACCAUUGCCAAGAAUAUUGCCAACUCGGGCAGCUACACAUGGACACCCCCUGCCAACCUCGCCGCUCAGCCUGACUACACCAUUGAGAUCUUUAACGACGACGAUACCAGUGAGGUCAACUACCUCCCGCGGUUCACUGUGGCCGGUGCUACUGCUGCAGCGUCUACCACUGCGUCUUCCACCACUACCGCUGAGACUACCUCUGCGACCGAGUCCUCCGCGACUGAGACGACCACCAACACCAAGUCCGCCACCGAGACUCUUACCACCUUGACCAAGGCGACUGCCAGCACUGCCUCGGCUACUGCCUCUGGCACCAACACCGAGUCCACUAGUGCCUCUGCCAGCGCCACCGGUACCUCGACCAGCACCUCGACUGGUUCUGCCUCGACCUCCACCGAGGCCUCCAGCACCACCUCCGCCAGUGCCUCGACCUCGACCACCAGCGUCCCCAACGUCAAUGGCGGUAUGGUUAACCGCGUCUCUGGCGGCAUGCUGGCGAUCGUUCUGGGUGCCAUUGCCGUCCUGUGA